CCCUUCUCUUCUCCCUCCCACCCCUUCUCUCUUCCUCCCUCCAAGGGACACAAAUGCUAGUAACACCGGCAGGUUAGCAAGCAGGCUGCCAGCAAGCGAGAAGGACACGAGAGGAAAACGGUUAUUGUCAACCCCAGAUAUUAUCCAUCUAAAUUAACGGAAACUGCACAACACGAUAUCCCCUCAACCUCUACCGACCAGCUCUUCAGCCACAAGCAAACUGACUGACUGAUAGAAACAAAUACAGUUUGAAAAACGAACAAAGAGUUUACAAGCAACGUGUCUCCAUUAAUAGACUAGAGAAAGAAACGCACAACAGAUGUCCUGAUUGGCUCAAACCUUCAGACAGACGGGCAGUUGUAUUGUGGAACACCUCAACACAGAGAAAUCAAAUGGCUGACAAGCAGAUCAGUUUGCCUGCCAAGUUGAUAAACGGUGGGAUAGCAGGGCUGAUUGGUGUGAGCUGUGUGUUUCCCAUUGACUUGGCCAAGACCCGCCUGCAGAACCAGCAAAAUGGAUCACGCCUCUACACCAGCAUGUCUGACUGUCUUAUCAAGACCAUCCGCUCAGAGGGAUACUUCGGGAUGUACAGAGGGUCUGCGGUGAACCUAACCCUGGUCACGCCAGAGAAAGCCAUCAAGCUAGCAGCAAAUGACUUCUUCAGACAAUACCUCUCCAAGGAUGGUCAGAAGCUCACCCUGGUCAAGGAGAUGCUGGCGGGGUGUGGGGCAGGUACAUGUCAGGUUAUCGUCACGACUCCUAUGGAGAUGUUGAAGAUUCAGCUUCAAGAUGCUGGGAGAAUUGAGGCCCAGAGGAAGCUGAUGCCAGAGACAAUAGUACCAGGGACCGUGCCGACAAAGUCCCCCACCGCCAUGCAGCUGACCAGGGAACUACUGAAAGAGAAGGGCAUCGCUGGGCUGUACAAGGGCCUAGGGGCCACACUGCUCAGGGAUGUUCCAUUCUCCAUCAUCUACUUCCCUCUGUUUGCCAACCUGAACACCCUGGGGAAGAGAGGAGCGGAGGGCCCCGCCCCUUUCUACGUGUCAUUCCUGGCAGGCUGUCUGGCUGGCAGCACGGCCGCCGUGGCUGUCAACCCUGUAGAUGUGAUUAAGACCAGGAUCCAGUCUAUGAACAGGGGGAGUACAGAGGAAACCUACAGUGGGGUGACUGAUUGUAUCAGUAAAAUAAUGAAGAACGAGGGUCCUUCAGCGUUCCUGAAGGGGGCGUACUGCCGUGCCCUGGUCAUCGCGCCCUUAUUUGGUAUCGCCCAGGUGGUCUACUUCUUCGGCGCGGGAGAAUACAUCCUCAGCUUCCUGCCUGGCAACUAAGUGACAAGAACAUCAACCAAUCAGAUCUCUGCCUUUCCCUCCUCCCUUACAAAAUCACAACUACAUCAUGCACGGACCAUACACCUCUAGGAUCCAGUCACCACUAGGAUCCAGUCACCUCUAGGAUCCAGUCCCAACUAGGAUUCAGUCCCCUCUAGGAUCCAGUCACCUCUAGGAUCCAGUCCCAACUAGGAUCCAGUCCCCUCUAGGAUCCAGUCCCCUCUAGGAUCCAGUCCCCUCUAGGAUCCAGUCCCCUCUAGGAUCCAGUCCCAACUAGGAUCCAGUCCCCUCUAGGAUCCAGUCCCCUCUAGGAUCCAGUCCCCUCUAGGAUCCAGUCACCUCUAGGAUCCAGUCACCUCUAGGAUCCAGUCACCUCUAGGAUCCAGUCCCCACUAGGAUCCAGUCACCUCUAGGAUCCAGUCCCCUCUAGGAUCCAGUCACCUCUAGGAUCCAGUCACCUCUAGGAUCCAGUCCCCUCUAGGAUCCAGUCCCCUCUAGGAUCCAGUCCCCUCUAGGAUCCAAUCACCGCUAGGAUCCAGUCAUCUCUAGGAUCCAGUCCCCACAACUCUCUGCCUCUCUUUCCCUCACAACUACAUCGAUAGGAUCCAGGAGAUCACCUGUCAUCACGAAAAUAAGGUUUUGAUCACAUCCAUCAAUUUGGGGUUUCUUUAUUUGACCCUCUAGAGGUGAACAAGUUGCGUGUCGCCUCUUUCGGUGUCCCUAUCGUGUUGAAUGUAAUGUUAUGGUUGUGAGCACACUAACAGGAACACUAGGACGUUGAUUUGCCAAACUGUCUAAUGUCGGCAACACAAGAGUCCAGUGGAAUUGAAGCCACAAAUAUCACGUUCUUAAAUUACGUUUUAUUUUUGUUUGUUUUUUAAUAAUAAUUUUGGGUUUUUUAAAUGUGGCCGUGGUUACAGGGUAGUCUUUUUGUCUGAAUAGGGUGCUGCAGUUGUUACAAGCAGCUAUAUCGGUAGUUAGUUAUCUCUGUCAGUACAGCCAUAGCAGCAGAAUGGUCACAUGAUGACAUCUGUUGCAUAUUAAUCACAUUUAACAACAUAUCUUGUAAUAAUAUAAGUAGGAAAACAGCGUUGAUCCAAAUGAAGAAGGAUUUAAUGAGACACAAGAAUAGUUAGAGAGAUUACAAAGCACCCUGUACACUCGUGGGAAUUAGCCUAUGUGGAUAGGGCUAAAUUCAAAUGUUUAUUUUUAUUUUUACAGAAGAAAUAUGAAAUGCGUUUGUUGAUAAGGACAUGUGAAAAUACUCUGGAUACAUUCAGUAACAUGAUCAGAUUAUUCCUGGGAAAUGUGGGGUAGAAACAACAUAAGACGGAACAAUGACAAAGGGUUUGAGUGAGAGGACUAGUGGACACACACCUCUCCAAAGUGUGCACAGUUCCUAAGUCAUUUCAAUGCACUUUUAUGACUCAAAGAAGAGUCUUCAGCUAUACGUUUUUUUUUUUUUGCCUCUCCUCGCUGUGCCGUUGAUAAACUAGAGCAAACACACUUGUAGUUGAACGCAACCCAGCAUCCCACCAUCACACAAUUACUGUUGUUGUUUAUGCCACACCCCCCCCAAAAAAUGUCAAUUUAUAAAUCGCAAACUGGGUCAGGAGGGCAUGAUUUUGAAGGCUUGUUCUAUUGCCAACGUGACUAAGCUAAGUUAUAAAAUAUGAUAUCACAGGGUUUUCAACAAGGCAGUUCGGGGAAACACAUCAUUUAGUUGGCGUUUAGAAAAAUAAGUAAUGAACGCGUGUUCCACGGCAGAUUGACAAAACAGGCCCAUUCCGUUCAGAACAACCCAGGGGUUAUGACCCCAAGUGAUCUUGUAACUGUACAUCAGACAUGGUGGUCAUAAACGUUACUGUACUGUAUUAUGACACCAGUUUUAUGAUUUGGAAAUGUGAAAUGCAUAUUCGGGACUCAGGUGUUUGGCUUGUUUGAUGUCAAAGUGGUAUUUAUUAUAAUCCUCAACGUCUCGUCUUUUCAAAAUGCACAGAGUCGUCUUAAUUUACAGCAUUUCCCUUCACUCAGACAACAACAAAUGUGCAAAAGUUGCCUAAUUAUCAAGGAGGGAUGGGGGACAACUUGUUGUUGCGAGGUGCUCAAGUUCAGAACGGCUGUCAGUCAAAACCCCAUGUGGCCCCGUGAAGCACAGAGCCAGAGCUCUGAUGUCAGGAAGACCAUGUUACUGUACAGCCACUGCUUUCCAAUGUAGGCGCCAUUUUUCAACCCGUAUACAAGUACGAGUGUAAAGGGCUACCGGACCUGCUAUUAUGAAUUAGAAUGAUGAAUGAGAUAUUAAAUAUAUAUUUAAAUGUCUGUGUUUCAGGCCCAAAUCAGUAUAAUGUGUUAAAGGGUAUAGCAACUCAUUCUGGAUCUCACCUGAACAGCCCAAUGAUCCCUGCCUUUUUUUAAUAGGUUGUAAUCAGCCAAUCACCUUAUAGCUCUGAGUGGACCAGGAUAGGCCUUGUCUCCCCGGUAGUUUCUCCUCUCUGGGGACCAGCGUAAAUGUGGGAACCUUACUAAGCCCGUGACAUAGAAGUAAAUUAGAACUAUCGUAGUACCUGACUUACAUCGAUAUUGGUGUUUGUGUUGGAAACAAACUGUAAAUAGAGACGGUCAUCUUUCCCACAGAAUUAUAGAGCGCAGAUAGACAGAGUCUUCAUGUCUCUUUAGAACUCUUUAGAACAUGAUUAUCUAUCGUUUUUUAAAUUUUUCACCUUUUUAUUUAACCAGGUCGGCCAGUUGACAACAAGUUCUCAUUUACAACUGCGACCAAGAUAAAGCAACGCAGUGCGACACAAAACAACAACACGCAGUAAACCAAAAGUUCAGUCAAUAACACAAUAGGAAACACAUCUAUAUACAGUGCGUGCAAAAGGCAAGCUAUAAUGCAUUACGUCUCAAUAACUCUAAAAAUAAUUUGGCCCAGUGACAGUACUAAUACUAUGCCAAUACAAACACGUCUGUCAUUAAGUUUCCACUGUACUAGAGAACAGAAUCAAUGAUUCAUUGAGGUUUCCACAGUAUACUAAAGAUAAACUAUAUCAUUGUUUUUAUUCCAAUCGUUGUCAAAUGCAGACUAUUUAUGCGUUAGUAGGUGUUCUUGGUUUUUCUCUAGACUCUACGUUGUGCAUGCGUUUGUUACAUCAUCGAAAGCCUGCCGCGCCAUUGGCCGAUCUCGCCGGGGAGAUCAAGGUGACUUUGAUGUGUCAUAUCCAAUCGAGAUUCUGUCCUCUGAGGUUCUGUUCCCAGCAUCUCCAAAGCAGCUCUUUCGUAAUGGUCAUGGGCCAAUAGGGUACACUAUUCCCUACAUAGUGCACUACUUUGGACCAGGACCCAUAGUACUCUGGUCAAAAUUAGUGCACUAUUUUUAAAUGUUUAUUCGGAUCCCCAUGAUGUCAGCUAAUUUUCCUGGGGUCCAUAAUGCUGUCCACUAUUUAGGGCCAAUAGGGCAUUUGCCAUUUCAAACUCCUCAAUGUUUUAUAAUAAUUAUCAUCAAUAUUCCUUUCUAUAUAUCUAUAGCUCUAUAUAUCUAUAUCUAUAGUUCUAUAUAUCGAUAGCUCUAUAUCUAUAGUUCUAUAUAUCUAUACCUAUAGCUCUAUAUAUCUAUUGCUCUAUAUAGCUCUAUUUCUAUAGUUCUAUAUAUCUAUAGCUCUAUUUCUAUACUUCUAUAUAUCUAUAGCUCUAUAUAUCUAUAUCUAUAGUUCUAUAUAUCGAUAGCUCUAUAUCUAUAGUUCUAUAUAUCUAUACCUAUAGCUCUAUAUAUCUAUUGCUCUAUAUAGCUCUAUUUCUAUAGUUCUAUAUAUCUAGAUCUAUAGCUCUAUCUAUCUACAGUAUAUCUAUAGCUCUAUAUCUAUAGCACUAUAUAUCUAUAUCACUAUACAUCUAUAGCUAUAGAUAUAUAUAUAGCUAUAGCUCUAUUUCUCUCUCUGUCUCUCUCUCUAUAUAUAUAUAGUUAUAGCUCUCUCUAUAUAUCUAUAGCUCUAUAUAUCUAUAGCUCUAUAUAUCUAUAUCUAUAGCUCUAUAUAUCUAUAGCUAAAUAUAACUAUAUAUCUAUAUAUAGCGCUAUAUAUUUAUAGCUCUAUAUAUCUACAGUAUAUCUAUAGCUCUAUAUCUAUAGCACUAUAUAUCUAUAUCACUAUACAUCUAUAGCUAUAUAUAUAUAUAGCUAUAGCUCUAUUUCUCUCUCUGUCUCUCUCUAUAUAUAUAGUUAUAUAGCUCUCUCUAUAUAUCUAUACUCUAUAUAUCUAUAGCUCUAUAUCUCUGUCUCUCUCUCUCUCUCUCUAUCUA